GUCACGGGUCGUUGUUACUCCAACAGUCUUAAGAUGUCCUCCCCGGGCAAUGGGAGAGGAGACAAGAUUGGAAGUGAUGAAAGGGUCGAGACUGCUUGUGAAAGGCUAGUUUCCAGUGACGAAGUCUCAUGUUUGCUUGUCACCAAGACCACCCCCGAUGGCAAGCCUCAUGAAGAGUACCUUGGACUAUUCGAUUUCGCCGAUGUGAACGUGUUCCUUCUUCUGGCUAUAGGAGCGUAUGUACCCUCAAAUGAAGAAUUAGCGCAAGACUCCCAACAUGCAGGCCAGCUGCGAACGAUUAUAACUGCUGUUAAAGAAGGAUCCGAUGUUUUCGUUAAAGAUGCUUUCAACCUUUCUGAGAAGAAUGACCUACUAUUGCUCCAGGAGGACCAAUCAACUGUUAUUUCUCUGCUCCAGGCUUUCUCCCAAGGGAGACAUUGCAUUGUGAUUAGAAAGAUGGAUGGCACCGUCAAGGGUGUCUUGUCCGAUCGACGAUUCGUUCGAUGGCUUGCAGAUGAUGAAAACAAGUUUUCGGACGUAGAAUCUACACUGGCAUUGCCUCUAUGCGAGCUUGAGAUAGGUGUUAACAAACACGUUGUAUCACUGUCGAGUGAAGCUUCCGUCUUGGAUGCAAUGCGACUUAUGUGUGAAGAGAAUGUCAGCAGUGUCGCCGUCGUUGACACCCAAAACUUACUCUCGGCCGUGUCCGUCACCGAUAUCGGAAAGCUAGUGGCUACUUCUGAAGACCGUGCUGUUCUAACGCUUCCUCUUAAUCAGUUUAUUUCAAUGAUCAAGCACGGCUUCACUGACGGCGAGGAUCUAUAUCCAGUGUAUAGCGUGACUCCUCUGAGCUCCUUCAAACAUACCAUUGAUUUGCUCUUGGCUACUAACGCCCAUCGAGCAUUUAUUACGGCUACACCGUCCUCCUCACCUACUCUCAACCCCGUGCAGCCUCGCUCAGGAUCUUUCAUGCUUCCCUCGCCAUAUUCCGUUGAAUCAUCACCUCCGACUCCAUCUGGAUUUUCGCCUACUACGGGUCCGGCUUCACCGUUGUACGGGGUCGUGUCGGUAGUGGACAUACUUUUAGUUAUCGCACGCAUUGCAGGACUAGUCAACAUCGAUCCUAAUGCGAUCCGCGGGCAGAGGAAACAUAUGCGAACGAGCUCUCUGAAUUCCACUGGAGUUUAUGCUGGCAGCCUUGGACGCUCAUCGCCAAUGAACCAAAGGACAAGAUCGAUGUCUGCCUCAUCCGAUCUUAGAAACAGUGCAAACGACAGGCUUGAUGUGAAUUAAACAAAUUUCUUGGUAUUGCAUGUAUAUAAUUAAUAAUGAAUAACUGCCGCCCACCGACUUCCCCUUCACUUUAGAGCCUUCCUUCCUGGUUCGAUGCCCCUGGGAGCUCUCGACACAGAUAUCAGUUCUUUGAUCGUCGCCACCAGAAUCGGGGCAG